CGUCCAGCAGCUGAUCGGUAAUCCAGAAGAAGUUUCCCCUCAGUUAGGGGGGAGCUCCACUUUGAAGCAGGAGACUCCACAACCACCCUGCAUUAAAAAGGAAGAGGAGGAACUCUGCAUCACUCAGGAGGGAGAGUGUCUUCUAGGACGAGAGGAAGCUGAUUACACCAAGUUUCCACUGAGUAUUCUCUCUGUGAAGACUGAAGAUGAUGAAGAGAAACCACAAGUAGACAACGUCUUAGCUCCACCAUCAGAUAGUGAGGCUGAAGACGAGGUUGAAGAACCUUUGAGCAGCGAUACAGACUGUGAAGGUGAUAUGAAGACUCACACUGACAACAAACACUCUGAAUGCUCUUCAAAGAAGAGAGGUAAAACAUGUUUGAGCUGCUCAGUUUGUGCUGAAAGUUUUACUAAAAAGAGCCUUUUGACUCAACACAUGAGAACACACAAAGGUGAAAAACCAUUUAAUUGUUCAGUUUGUGGCAAAAGCUUUUCUCAAAAAGGCCAUUUGACUCAACACAUGAGAACACACACAGGUGAAAAACCAUAUAAGUGUUCAUUUUGCGGCAAAAGCUUUUCUAAAAAAAGCUCUUUGACUGAACACAUGAGAACACACACAGGCGAAAAUACAUUUAAGUGUUCAGUUUGUGGCAAAAGCUUUUCUAUUAAGAGGUAUUUGACUGAACACAUGAGAACACACACAGGUGAAAAACCUUUUAGUUGUUCAGUUUGUGGCAAAAGCUUUUCUCUAAAAUGCCAUUUGACUCCACACAUGAGAACACACACAGGUGAAAAACCUUUUAGUUGUUCAGUUUGUGGCAAAAGCUUUUCUGAUAAGGGCCAUUUGACUCAACACGUGAGAACACACACAGGAGAAAAACCAUUUAGUUGUUCAGUUUGUGGCAAAAGCUUUUCUGAUAAGAGCCAUUUGACUCAACACAUGAGAACACACACAGGAGAAAAACCAUUUAGUUGUUCAGUUUGUGGCAAAAGCUUUUCUGAUAAGAGCCAUUUGACUCAACACAUGAGAACACACACAGGAGAAAAACCAUUUAGUUGUUCAGUUUGUGGCAAAAGCUUUUCUGAUAAGAGCCAUUCGAUUCAACACAUGAGAACACACACAGGUGAAAAAUUUAGUUGUUCAGUUUGUAGCAAAAGCUUUUCUGUUAAGAGCCAUUUGACUGAACACAUGAGAACACACACAGGUGAAAAACCAUUUAGUUGUUCAGUGUGCUGUAAAAGAUUUACUAAAAUGAGCCAUUUGACCCGACACAUGACAACACACACAGGUGAAAAACCAUUUAGUUGUUCAGUUUGUGGCAAAAGCUUUUCUGUUAAGAGCUAUUUGACUGGACACAUGAGAACACACACAGGUGAAAAACCAUAUACGUGUUCAGUUUGUGGCGUAAGCUUUUCUCACAAAAGCAAUUUGACUCAACACAUGAGAUCACACACAGGUGAAAAACCAUUUAACUGUUCAAUUUGUGGUAAAAACUAUUCUUUAAAGAGCCGUUUGAGUCAACACAUGAGAACACACACAGGUGAAAAACCAUUUAGUUGUUCAGUUUGUGGCAAAAGCUUUUCUGUUAAGAGCCAUUUGACUGGACACAUGAGAACACACACAGGUGAAAAACCAUAUAAGUGUUCAGUUUGUGGCAAAAGCUUUUCUGAUAACAGUUAUUUGAAUCGACACAUGAGAACACACACAGGUGGAAAAGUAUUUAAGUGUUCAGUUUGUGGCGAAAGUUUUUCUCAAAAUAACGGUUUGACUCGACACAUGAGAACACACACAGGUGAAAAACCCUUUAAUUGUUCAGUUUGUGGCAAAAGCUUUUCUCAAAAUAGCUGUUUGACUCAACACAUGAGAACACACACAGGUGAAAAACCAUUUAAUUGUUCAGAGUGUGGCAAAAGCUUUUCUGUUAAGGGCCAUUUGACUGGACACAUGAGAACACACACAGGUGAAAAACCAUAUAAGUGUUCAGUUUGUGGCAAAAGCUUUUCUGAUAAGAGCCAUUUGACUCGACACAAGAGAACACACACAGGUAAAAAACCAUUUAGUUGUUCAGUGUGCUGUAAAAGGUUCCCACGUAAUGCAGACGCAGUAAAACACAUGAGAACACACAAGGGAAAAUAACCAAUUAGCUGUUUCGUUUGUGGUAUGUUGCUCAUAUGUGGUGACAUCCACCCAACCCAGGACCUCCUCACUGCUUCUUUCACAAAUAUCUGAGGUAUUCAUACAAGCUUGGCUUAUUUGGAGCAUAAUCGUAUCUACUCAUGACCCCAUGUCUUCUCUGUAUCUGAAACCUUCCUGAACAGUAAGAUAGAUGAUGCUUCAAGUGCUUGGUUACUCCUUCUUCAGUGCAGGGACCUGGGGCCUCAUGUGUCAAGUUUGUGCACGCUCAAAAACCUGCACUACACCCUUUUUCACUGCAAAGUUGAGAUGUAUCAAAACUGACGUUGUGAUGCUGGGUAACUGUUUGCAUGACCAAGUGCCAACUUUUACUCCUCAGACUGAUUGAUGUGCAAAUCAGAGACAAAUGAACAAUUAACCCCCAACCCCCACCUCCCUCGACAUUCGGGCAUAACAGGUUCAAUCCGGCCCGCCAGAUGAGUUUGCGAAGUGUAAAAUUCAGCUGCAUUUUUUAAUUAAAUAAACUGCUGUUCUAAAUGUGUCCACUGGAUGUCGCAAUAGCAAUUCUGUUAGGCAAGCAAAUAGUUUAUACCGGGGCGAGCAAGUAUACCAAGCAAAAGGUACACGGUAAAGCGGGGCUGUGACUCCUCCCCCUCCACCCAACGUAAAACAGGAGUAAAAUAAGCAAUCAGUAACCCCACUUAAAAUGCAGCAUGAGACACUGCACACUGAUAUAGUUCUGUGAAAAUGAUUGUCUUCUGUGCAAAUGUAAAGAAAGUGAACAGUGUGUGAUUUACUGCAAUACUGUCAGUCUUUUAACUUUUUAUUUGUGCUUUGUUGAAAUUAUUAAUACAUUGCACAGCUUUUAUUUUUCUAUCAAUACACAUUAUGUCUAGAAGACAGGAAGUAACUCAACACUCUUGAAUAGUUUCUACCUCAGUUUGUAUGGUUUGUUGAGUUAGCACAGGAUUAAUAUGUGGAAAUGACAAAUGAGGUAGUUGAUACAUAGAAUAGUUUUUAUUCAUGCUUUAUUUAGUUUUUUGUUCAAUCCUAGAUGGGUUGUGACUUAAAGUUUAAUUGCUUUGUAGAAACACUGAG